AUGACGUUACCUCCAGCAAUUCAGAUGACCGUUGCGUUAAUUCAUGCCACACGGAACAAAACGCACGGUGGUCGAGAGGCCAACCAAGAGCAUUCGAAUCUUGGUUCUGAGGAAAAAUCUCUGGAUUCUUUCGACGGAAUAAACGACCCCUGGAUUUCCGACCUCCACAGCAAAAAGACGUUAAUCGAACUGUGCGAAACGAAUGUCCAUGAUUGGGGAAAGUCUAUGAUCAAGAUCCAAUUGAUGCCAGGAUGGCGCUUGCCCUGGCUUGAAGUUGACGUUUAUGAAUUCAAGCCGAGUAAUCCUGUAUUGUUACGGCAAUUCCAACACUUCAAGGACGCAAAAACGGGCCAAAACAUUCGUGUAGAAAAGGCUUCGCCUCCACUUGGGCUACAGAGCAUUGAUUCUACUGAGGAUGAGACCAAAUAUGACACUCACGUCAAACAGAUCGCUACUCAUUUCAUGCCCACCUUUGUCGGACAGUACUAUGUGGGGAGCCGAAUAGGUAUGAGCGCACAUGCCCGUGACGUGGUCGUUGGACACCUUGCUAAUAACAUGGAGGAGAAAUUACUGACGGAAGUUUAUUAUCUCAUAAUCACCACCUAUAUUGUUGCACACAUUUUGACCAUACCUGACGAACACAAAGUUGACAUCCUCUCAAAGCUAUCAAACUAUAGACCAGAUGACUACGGCGACAAGACUUCGCCGCGUCUGGCGAACCGACAAAUCAAACAUUUCUACGCACGAUUACAGAGAGAAAUGGUGAAGAUGCUACUAGGACGUCUGCAAAACAUGCUGGAGGGUAGUAAAGGCUACGAUAAAUGGACCGAUGCGUUCAUUAUCGUUCUUGGUUUAGCCAUUGCUGUCGAAGGCAUCCAGAAGAAUGUUAACAGUAUUCUGGAUGGUAGAGUGGGUCAAGGAGAUUUUGAGAGGAGCUUCGCGGAGGAAAGCGCAAAUGAAGCUGUCCGAAGAAUUGACGGAUGCUUCGACAUUAUCAUAGAGCUUUUCCAAAAGAAGUAUGCUCGCAGCUGUAAUCCGAUCAAAGAUUGUAAAAAUGACUGGAGCGCGAAGAUCACUCAACCGGGAAUGAUCACAUGCCUCCAGAAACUAAGUUCGCUCAUCCAAGACAAAAGGAAUUUUCUUGAAGAGCGGACACGCGUGGCCGUUUCCAUGCACAACUGGCGACAAUACACAAGCCGCAUUACAGCAAGAUUUUUGCUGUCUUUUCUAUAA